AUCAGUAGCGAUGCUUGACUGGCUUUAAAGCAACAACUGAGGUCGAGAUUUCGGAUUUUAUCUUUUUUUUUUUUUGGUGGUUAAAACUUUGGACAGGGGAGUCUCUGCGGCUCUGCUCGACCCCCUCCUCCUCCUCCUCCUCCUCCUCCUCCUGGCUAGCUAAUGUUAGCCACCUAGCUACCUCUACCAUAUUCCUGAGGAACAAGGGGGGAACUGGCUGGAGAAAUGGCGGAAACUAAAAUAAUUUAUCAUAUUGACGAAGAGGAGACGCCGUAUUUGGUCAAAAUUCCAAUAGCGGCGGAGAAAAUCACUUUGCUGGAUUUUAAACAAGUGCUGAACAAACCAAACUACAAAUUCUUCUUCAAGUCUAUGGACCAAGACUUCGGAGUGGUCAAGGAAGAAAUUUCUGAUGAUAACGCAAAGCUACCUUGCUUUAAUGGUCGAGUGGUGUCUUGGCUGGUAUCCUCAGAUGUCCCUGCAGCAGAACCUGCACCAGCUCCAGUGGAGGUCCGAGCUCAGCCCUCACCUCCUCCUCCCCCACUGCCCCCUCCUCCAGCUGAAAGGACCCAAGGCAUUGGAGAUUCCAGACCCCCUUCAUUCCAUCCAAAUGCUGCCGGCAGUGUGGAGACACUGGAUGAACAGACAGAAACGGAGUCUGUUGUGUCCUUCAGGAGAGAAAGGCCUCGUCACAGAGAGAGCAUGGAGUCACAUGGGUCUCGUAUGAAUGGACAAUCUCGUAUGGACAGGCACUUGGCUGGGUAUGAGAGUGCCACCACUGUGAUGAGCAGCGAACUUGAGACUACCAGUUUCUGCGACUCGGAUGACGACGACACCAUGAGCAGGUUCAGCAGUUCCACAGAACAGAGCUCUGCUUCUAGACUGCUAAAGCGUCACCGCAGACGCAGGAAACAGCGCCCCCCGAGGCUGGAGAGGGCAUCAUCUUUCAGUAGUGUGACAGAUUCAACCAUGUCUCUAAAUAUUAUCACAGUCACCCUCAACAUGGAGAAGUAUAAUUUCCUGGGAAUCAGUAUUGUGGGGCAAAGUAAUGAGCGAGGGGAUGGUGGCAUCUAUAUAGGAUCCAUUAUGAAGGGAGGAGCUGUAGCUGCUGAUGGGCGCAUUGAACCUGGAGACAUGCUGCUUCAGGUGAAUGAUAUUAAUUUUGAAAACAUGAGCAAUGACGAUGCAGUCAGAGUACUGCGAGAGAUCGUGCACAAACCAGGACCCAUCACUCUGACAGUGGCAAAAUGCUGGGACCCCUCACCUCAAGGCUACUUCACACUCCCACGUAAUGAGCCCAUACGACCUAUCGACCCUGCAGCUUGGGUCAGUCAUUCAGUGGCUAUGACAGGAGUAUACCCACCUUAUCCAGGCAGUACAAUCACAUCCACCUCGUCUGUAACAGAGACUGAACGUUUUGAUGAGUUUAACCUGUCUCUUCACUCCGACAUGGCAUCCGUGGCGAAAGCUAUGGCCUCUCCUGAGUCAGGCCUAGAGGUCAGAGACAGAAUGUGGCUCAAGAUCACUAUUCCUAAUGCUUUUCUAGGUUCAGACGUGGUCGAGUGGCUCUACCAUCACAUCGAGGGAUUUCAGGAUCGUCGGGAAGCUCGGAAAUAUGCCAGCAACCUCCUGAAAGCUGGCUUCAUCAGACACACCGUUAACAAGAUCACCUUCUCUGAACAGUGCUACUACAUCUUUGGAGACUUCAGCGACUGUGAGAAUUACAUGGCCAACUUGUCCCUCAACGAUAAUGAUGGCUCUAGUGGUGCCUCAGACCAGGACACAUUAGCCCCUCUACCAUUGCCAGGGGCAACCCCGUGGCCCUUGCUCCACUCUUUCCCUUAUCAGUAUCCACAUCCGUACUCCAGCCAACCUCCUCCUUACCAUGAGCUGACCAGCUACAGCUAUGCCCCUGGCAGUACAGGCAGUCAACACAGCGAGGGAAGUCGGAGCAGCGGCUCUACUCGGAGUGAGGGCGAAAGGCGUAGGGGAAGUAAGAGUGGCAGCACAGUGGCUGGCAGCACCCGUGAUGACAAAUCCCCCAAUGGAGGAGACUCGCGCUCGGGCAGUGGCAGCGAAUCAGAAUACUCUGUGCGUAGCAGCCUGAGAAGGGACCACGGCUCGGCCACACCCAGCGAACACAGCCAUGCUAGUCAGCGCUCACUUCACCGGGCCCCACCCCCUCACCUCGCUCCAUACCCGCCGGGCAUUCCUAUUCCCUACAACCCCAUGAUGGUGAUGAUGGUACCACAGCAUCCACAUCCAGCUAUGGGAGCCCCUCAUCCCCAGACAGCUGGCACGCAACUCCACCCAGGCCUGCCUCCACCCAGCAACCCAGGAGGGCCUCCUGGAGCUCCACCCACGCGAGACCUGGGCUCAGUGCCACCUGAGCUCACAGCAUCAAGGCAGUCCUUCCACCUGGCCAUGGGCAACCCCAGCGAGUUCUUUGUGGAUGUUAUGUAGUGAAGGCUAACACAGGAUGUGUGUGUGAUGAAUGAGUGAAGUGUGAGUUAGUGAAUGAAUGAGUGACAAGUGUAUCAUAUAAUAACUGUGAGCCUGACUCAGUAAGAGACUGAGACAUAACAUUUGAUAUUGAUGGAGAUAGCUCUUUGUAGUUGCUGGUAGGAACAGGGUUUCUGUAUAAAGCUGGAAGUCUUGCACAGCUCGAAUUAAGCAGUUGAAGUUUCACCAGCAUAAAAUGCAACAGGGUUUUGACUUCCAAACAGUCAUGUUUGUUUUUUUAUUGGAACAUUUUCCCUGAAAUAUUCAUCAGAUUAUGCUGUAAGCACUAUACUCUAGUUCAUGUAUGGAACAUCUGUGAGGCCUCUCUGUCCUCUGAUAAUAUUUGCUUUGGCAGGAAACACACAUCCUGCCAAACGCAAGUUCUGUUGAUGUCCAAAUUUUGUGUGUGGGUUUCUGCAUGACCCACCUACAGAGAGGUACGCUUUCCUUUAUUUAAAAAAUGCAGAUCCUUAAAAUCAUGUUCUUCAUUUGCGAAUAACAAAACGAACAAGCAGGCAAAAGAAGUUGCACUAUUGCGAUGGAUAAGUCAUGUUUUAAAAUAUUUUAACAGUUUAUUUUUAGAAGAUAUCAACCCAAUAGAUCAUGUUUAUUGGGAAUCAUGGUUUUUUGACAAGGCAGCUAAAUUGCUUUAAAAAGUAGUAUACUAUCAAAUCCUAGAAACCAUGUUUCCACAAAGCUGAGAAAUGCAAACAGAUGGGCAGUUGUAGCUGUCUAACGUAUGACAACUAGUAGUGAAGGUCUUUUUUAUUGUACACCUAAGCAAUAUGCAAAAUGUAAAAAAACAGGGUUUAAAAGACAUGACUAGCAGCAGCUUUACUAUGGUCAUUUCUCCAUGAAUGAAAGUUGUAAUCAUAAUUAGAAAAAAUAAAUAUCAAAUCUGUUGGCAGACUACAUUUGGUAGUAGUAGAAGCAACGGUACUCUGAGAGGAAACGGUAAUGCCAAAAAUGGUACUUCUGCUUGGUAGAAUGGGCUGUUUUUAUACUCCACAUAUUUCACAUUUCUACUAAUUUUUGUUUGUUUUUAGACUGAAAAGCAUAACCAUUGUAUAUGAAUGAAUAUAUAGAUAUAAUCAAAGCAUACAGGUGCUGAAUGAAGAUGUCUGAAGAGUGCCACUUUGGUGGCUUUUCGUUUGUUGUCACUUUUGUGUUUCUUACUCAAAAUAAAUUUGUAAUAGAAGAGAA